AUGGGCAAUGUCGGCCGAGAGGGAGCUCUGGCGGUGCUGCCCGCCGCCAUGCCGACAGAGCCGCAGCUUCCCGUCGCCGCUAGGAUGCUCUACUUCCCCGCGGAGCUGCUGGACUGCCAUGCCUGCCGCCACCCCCUCAAGCCGCCCAUCUACAAGUGCGAGGCCGAGCACCGGGUGUGCUCGACCUGCUGCGACCUCCACGGCGAGGCCUGCAGCGGCGCCCUCGUCCACUCCCGAAUGGCCGACGAGUUCGCCGCCGCCGCCAGGGUGCCGUGCGAGUACGAGAGGUACGGGUGCGACGCGGGCGGCGUCGCCUACCACCUGGCCGCGGAGCACCGCAGCUCGUGCCCGCACGCGCCCUGCGGCUGCCCGGAGGGUUGCGGCUUCCUCGGCUCCCGGCAGAUGCUCCUCAACCACGUCUCCGGCCCGGACCACUCGCGCCCCAUCAUCGACAUCCGCUACGGCCAGGAGUGGAAGCACAGCCUUCCCCUGUCCCGGCGCUGGUAUCUCCUCCUAGGAGAAGAAACCCAAGCUGCUGUCGCUGCUGGCGCGGACCGGCACCGGAACGUGUUCCUCGUGUCCCUCGGCGAGCGCGGCGACACCACGGCGGUGUCGGUGGUGUGCGUCAGGGCGGACGGCGGCGCGCCCGAGGCGGCGCAGUUCUCCUGCAGGCUCGCCGUGGAGCACCCGGGCGAUGGCACUAAGGUGAUAUUUGAGUCGCCCCUCGUAACAAGCAGCUCCCUGUCCGGCGGCGCGCCAGCGCCAGGCGGGGUCAGGUCCUUGCCGGUGCCGAAGGAGUAUUUGUCCGGCGACAGUAUACCGCUCAGCAUCCACAUCCACAAGCUCGAGCCUCCUGCUUCUGUUCCUAGUCCUCCUACUGCUGUCCCUCUUCCUCCUACUACUCCGGCUUCUCCUCGUCCUGUGGCCGCCACCGUCACAGUCGCCACCCCUUCUCCUCGUCCUGUCGCCGCCAUCGUCACCGUCGCCAGCCCUCCUCCUCGCCCGGUCGCCGCCGCCGCCACCGUCACCCUUGCCCUCCAGUCGCCAGCAACAGAUCAGAGCAACAAGAAACGGAAAGCUACGAAUCCGAAGAAAUUUAGUACUGCUAACAGAAGCUGA